AUGUUUCGGACGCUGUUACCCAGCGUUCGUGCGGCACGACUGCUUUCCACGGAGUCAGUAGCAUCAUCAAGUUUUACUGAAGAGAAACCUCUGAAGAAAAUUGGCAGAGCCUUGGAAACUUAUAUCAAGCUCAGCAAAGAACAUGUGGCCAUGAUGGCUCGGGAAAGAGCUGAUUUCGAAUUAGGCCGUCGACAUUUGGCAAAUAUGAUGAACUUGGAUCCACAUACCAUGACGCAAGAAGAUAUAGACACAGCGAUCAGCUAUCUAUUUCCUUCUGGUCUGUUUGACCUGAAAGCCAGACCGGUUAUGCGUCCCCCGGAUGAAAUUAUGCCUAAAUUCCAUCGUUUUUCAUUCGAUGAAGAAGGUCGUCCAAAAGACAGCCGCUUUUUCACUCUCCAUCCCACGUUCUAUAAGUUACUGUCAGACAUUGGUAUAAAGACCAGGACCGUCACUUCCUUCUACAAUGACCAUUUGUUAUCGGGCAGCAAAGGUACCGAACUGGAUUCAGUAAACACAAGCGGUACUCAAUGGCUGGGUAGAGAAAAACUUGAGAAGAAGCUGGACGAGAAGAUCACUGAAGAGAUGUAUGCCCAUUUGUUGAUGGCUUUCGACUAUCUUGUCAGUCUACCGGCAUCAGCAGUUGAAGGGAAGUUCAUCAUGCAGUACAGAGAACCACUGGCUGCUUCAACGAAGUCGAAACUGUUUGGACCAGUGAUUCCUGAGGUGAAAGUUUGUCCGGAAACACAACGUCGGGUGGCAUCUGUUAGGUAA